AUGUUUGGGUUUCGGAGCUCUCCCGAUGUAAAUGAUAUGUUUGAUGCUACCAUCUAGCACGUGCCAGCUGUCGUGGUCGGUGUACCUGUUGGCGAGCGCCGUGGGCCUCCUGCUCCUGUGCUUCUCGCUCAGCUUCUGCGCGUCCCGGGUCAAACCGGGCUCCUUCCGCAUCUGAGUGUACAGCGCCGGCAUGCUGUCGAGCAGCGUGUAGCCUCCGCCGUCGCCGCCGCCGUCGCCGCCGCCUCCGCCGCCCCCGUCGCCCUCGCUCUCGCUCGCGUCGCGCCUCUCCGCCUCCGCCGCCGUCGCGCUGCGCGCCGCGGACUCCGCGCCGCCACAUACGAGCGUCGAGUAAUCCAAUCGGCGGGCUAACAACGUUGCUCGCGCCGGCGCUUCCGCCAAUAUCGCUCGCUCACGUCGUUAACGUUCUCGUUAGCGGCGUUUGAAUCGCGUUUAGCGGUGGGGAAAAAACGGGUUUCCAGCAACGUUUUCGGGCGCGUGGUUCCCUGGCUGUGGUGAGAGCGGCAAGCGCCCCCAAGACUCGUACGUUGACUCUGUUACUUACACUAUGUUAUAGAUGGAAAUGUCCGUUCAUUCGAAUGCAAAAUGGGUUUCAAAGAUUUUCUUUAUUUUUGCCAAGCAGCCUUGUGAUAUUCAUACCACUCGCGAUCUCGUGCCGUUUCUUUCUAAAGGAAUUACAUGACCUUUUUAAAAAUCUAGUUUCUAUAAAUUUUGCUCCUGCGACUAUGAAUCUUCUUGAUAUGAAAUGUUCGUGUAACUAUCAGUUCUUUAUGUCUUCUACCACCCCUCUUAACCGUUCUACCACCCGUCUUAAAUUGUAUGAAAUUAUCAUCAUGUGUGCAUGAACUACAUAUCGAUGACCCCUAAAUGCUAUAUUAACGUAGUUCUAAAGUGACGUGUUCUCCUGUCUUUCAUUUGGUUGAAGGUUAUCUAUUAUACUUCAUUCUGCAAAGUUGUCUUCCUCUCAUGCAAGUCCGCAGUCUACAACUCUUAUAGCAUCGUAGAUCAUUUCUCAUGUAGAUGGUUCCUUUAUGAAAUAGAGAAGCUCGCUCCUGAUAGGAGAAGUAGCAAUGAAUCCUUCUUUCGGUUCAGUGUAGAUCGUAGACAGUGCAAGAUCGCAGACAUUGACUUCUCUUUCCCAUCGCGACGAUGCCGGGCUCGGGCAGUAAACCGGAGAAAGGCGUUUCUUCGAAAUGCGCCUUUGUUUUAAGGCCGCCCUCCCUCCUUUUUAUGUCACAAUUCACUCGUCCCGCCUGGUCGACACCCUCUCCGGAGCCAUCCUAUCGCAAGGCGAAACGGCGCCCGCUCAAGCAAAGGGUUGCCGGGGAGGCGCUGGCACUUACCUGGGCCGCUUGCCUCUACCUGCUCGGCGGAAGCGAGAGGUGACGGGGUGCAGCAUUUUCACGCCCCUCGGGAAAUCAUGGCGGCGUGUGUCACGCCUGCUGCCGCCUUUCCCGCUCACCCCAUCGCCCCGAUCUUGGCUCCCUCUGUCAGCUGUGCCAGCCCCGGUCCGCUGUGCUUCCCUGACGGAAGCGCUCUCCGCUACGGAGCCGUAACGUCAAAGUCCACGAGAAGCACAUUUCUUAACAUUGUUUAGUUUGGGAACUAGAUUUCCGAUGUAAAAUUUACGGAAUGUCAUCCCACUGGGUUUAAGUCUGGACGAAACGAAAAUAUUAGCAUAGUGAAAUUGAAGUUUAAAUAUUUCAUUUGGAUAAUUUCGUAUUUUAAACUUAAUUUGUGCGUGCGUUAAGUAACUUUUUAAAUAUGAACUCUAUUUUAUUAUUGGCACGCUUUAUGAACCCUAGGAUGUAUGGAACCGGGAAACUACAAGAGUGCGUUUGCAGGGCCUCCGAGGCCCUAUGCAAUGCCAUCUCGAAAAAUGCACAUAUGUUUUUUUAUUCUUAUUUACUUCAUUUCUUAAUAAUUUAAAUGAAAGUGAACUCUUUUAUGUUAAACAAAUAAUUAUGUAUUUAAAUAAGUGCUAAUAAGGCCUUAAAAGCUCUGCGAAUACGUUGACGUAAUUUAAUCAAAAACCAGGACCUACCUUUGAGAAUUUUUCCUUUUCCAGUGACUAAACUGAAAUUAGAAAGAAGAAAUAUUACACGUUCUCAGAAAGGCAGCUGUAGAGAGUAAAAUGCGAAUUAUAAAAUGUUAGGACCUCUGAACGUGAAAAUACAUAGGGUUAAGUCAAUAUUAAGUAGUUAUUUGUUCAAAUAAAUACGAUAAAAUUUGAUUAUCAAAAAGCAUAUCCCGACGUGUUAUCGAUUUAUAAUGUUUUAAUUAUAACUUCUUUUUUGAAUGAAUAAGUAAUAAAAUUAUAUUCUUUACAUAGACUUAUUGCCACAAAACUACUCUCUACGCAAUUGAAAUUUUGUAAUAAUAUUCGUAAUUUAUGUAUACCAAAUCACUUCUACCUCAUCACAAUUAAAUGAAAAGCAUAUUCAAACACAAACAACUAUUUAUUUAUGAUGCCUACUACAACAAAUUGAAUAAACAUUCAACUUCAUGGUACAUCUCAGAAAUUAAAGAAGAAUAGAUUGACUUAAAAGAACAGGAACAAAAUAAAAAAUCCCUCCACAAACACUCAUGUCAGUAAAACAUUUUAUUAGAUAUCAGCAUAUUCAAAAACACAGGAUAUAAAUAAUUGAUUGGAAUAUACUUCAUAUGUCAUUUUCAGAUUGUGAAGCUAUGCAAGAUUGUACGUUUUCGAUUUCUUUACCAAUUACAUUGUUUUCCAUUCCAGAAUCAUGAUCACCAAACCCAUAGGGGACUUCUAGAAUUGGACCAUCACUAAACUCAUCCAAUGAUACUUCACUAAUGUCAUCAGCAGAUACGUCCCCUAACGCAGAAAAUGAAUCGUCUGGAUCCCACAAAUCGUUUAGAUCUUUUUCCGGAAUGAGAUGCGUAUUAGUACAUAAGCCACAAGAACUGAAAUUCUGUUUUCGAACACCUCUUCUAAGAGAUUCGUUGGAUGGAGACAUCCUCGUCUUGCAGCUUAUCAUUACGUCAGCCAUUUGCUUUAUCAAGGAAUCCUUCUUCAUUAUCAGAUCGUGCAUUUUCUUCCAGUUAUCCUCCUGUGAUUUCCCUAGCGUUCUAAUUCCCUCGGCAAGCGUAGCUGCUCUUUCAAGAGCCCCCUCUGGAGUAUCUUUUCCAAAUACCGAACUAUUGUAAAAAGCUUCUUCAUGAGAUAAGAAUUUUGUGUCAUUCUCAUUUGAAAUGAAGUUCUUUUUAGCAUUCAUUUUUACAUCUUCAAGUUCAUCUUCUUUCGACAAGAGAUCGUCACUAUUUGAGUCGGAUUUCCUUCCAUCUUCACUAUCUAGAUCAUAAACCCCGAUACUAUCACUUUCUUCGAAAAAAGAAGUUCGGCUGCUGGCGAUGUUAAGUUUUUCCUUUAAAUCUUUGUCCAAAUCCAUGAUUGUCUUUCACAUUAACGUCCUAUGGCAAUAGCCGUUCACAAUUUCCGCAGAAACUAUUUGAAACAAAUAAAUGCACUAUGUAACCUACAACAAUGAGCGACUGUCUUUCCGAGACCGUGGUCUCAGCGGGGAGCGUGAGUACUAAGGAUGUGGAGGCGGCGACGGCAGCGGCGGCGGCGGCUGUGGCGACGCAGCGGAGGCCGUUUCGUAUCGCGUUUUGAGGCCGGAGGUGCGUCAGAAGGUAAACGUUUUUGGAAGGCUUACGGUGGCUUCUGAUCUCGGAGCCCACCAUGUGGAUGUAUUCUGCCGAUUGGCGUCAGAAGAUUGUUUCCUAGACAUGUAAUGUAGAAUACACCAUCCGUGAUUGAUGUGUGCUCUGUAAUAAUUGUAUAUUCUAGGUUACUUUUCUAGUGAUUUUAUAAUAUUCUGACGUAAAAGUGUCCUUCGAGUGUUCUGUCUGUAGUUAACAAGUUUUUGUGAAACGCAACCCAAAACAAAAUGAGGAUAAUAAAAAAAUGUAACAUUUUCGGAGGCGUCAAUAUUUUUGGGUAGAAAUAUUUAAACUCAUAACAACGAUUUCUGGUUUUUCAAGUUGAAAACCCACUGAGGUUACGUUGCUGUGGUUGAAGUAUAAUUUGUACUACAGCUGCGGGGGACCCAGUAGAAGAAUUACGUAAAAAAUGUAUUUUUUAAAAGAGCUGACUAAUAUGCAGUUCAGCUUCUCUCGUUUGCAGAUAUUAAGUGCACGUUCUCGUGUUUAUGUUAACACUAUUUCAAAUGAAUGACAUAUGAAAUAGACAAACAUUUUCCUCAUUUUGUGGCAGUUCUACCUGGAUAGCUCGAGGGACACCCAUUAGCAAAUGACUCGUUACACAGGCCUGCACAGUUUCCAAUAAUUACGAAAACAGUUAAAGGCAUUUCCAUGAACUCUUCACUUCAAGCAAAGUUUAAAGUCUUGAGAAAAUUGAAUAUUAAUUAUUUGAAUAACAAUAUUAGUUUAAAUUCUAAUGAUUGAUCGUUCUAAUUCAGUUAUCGGUAUUUCAAAUGUAUUCUACAAAAAUCUUCAUUGUAUUACAAAUGAUGGUUUGUAAUGAUAUAAUGCCUUCGUUUUUUAGGCAUCACAAACCAAAUAAAGGGUGGGUAUUCAAAUGUUUACUCGCUUGCGUUAUAACCUACUCUGUUUGCUUUAAAGCAACCCAAUUCUUGGCACUGUGCAGCCCUGUUGGAAGAGGCGAAGUGUGUUGGUGCGGUGGUGUGCUGACAGGACCGCUGCGGCUCCGUAGGCCUCUGCGAUAUUCGGCUGCACAUGCCGGCGUUAAACGGACCAGUGCUAAGACACUUGAACUCUGAACUUUUCUCAGACACUUUUAUAUGCAAAUUCUAGGAAAAGAUGUAGUUGGAAGAUCCAAACGGGUCAACGCUCGUGACGUGGCGCAUCAAGAUUAUUUUGUAAACGAACAUCGUGCCAAAAAUGUUCUAUUUGUGAUCAUGUGGUCCAUGAUAGUGUGUUAAAAGAACAUUGGUUGAGACUUGUUUUGAUGAGAGAACGGGAUUUUGCCCUUCCUCUUGAGUUUGAAAGAAUAUUUGUGAAUUUAUAUGUUGUGGCCUGUUAGUAAUUCCAACAUUUUAUAUAUUAUUUGUAUAUUCAUCUUAUGAUAGCUUGUAUCUCAAUAUUUUACCAUUAUGAGCAUAUUUUAUACCAAACAUUUAAUAUUACAGUAUAUUAAAAUGUAUGAUAUUUUUGCCAUAGUUAUUAAGUUCUUGCAAGCUGUGGAAAGUGAAGUGAACCCAUAAUUCCUGAAAUUCAAUAUAAUCUAACUAUAAACAAAGAAUAAUUAGUUUUUCAUAGAGAGCUUCAUUCAUUUGCUCAAUGGCAAACGGUUGUUAUCAAUAUGGCAAGAGCUUAUGAAUAAGUGAAGCGAAUUUGUAAUCGGGAAUACUAUCUGCCAGGCUUGCACAUCUCUACGCUUCUUAGAAAACUGAAGAAAAAUUCAGAAAAAUUGUUUUUUAAUACGAUAUAUAAAUAAAUGCUUCCAUGAUUUAUAAAAUAACAUAAAAUGGCAAAAAUAAGAGAUUUUUCUACAUGACGUGUAUCGGUUCAUGAAGUACCAUCUCAUUUCUUGCAUUUGACAAUCGAAUGCAAUGAAGUUAUUCACCGUCUGGUGAAAUAACCGAAAAGUUAACUGUAUGUACAAUAAGUUAAGAAUGUUAAUGAAACGCUCUACAAGUGAUGAAAGGUAAAUUUACAUUUUGAAUCUUGCCUGUAGAAGAUGUAUCUCCAUACUUUAUUAGCAAUUUGUUUUAAUAAUUUGGUUCAUAUUUAGUUUCUCAUUUGUGACAUGUGAUGAUUUUCAUUUACAUUUUCCAUAAAAGUAAAUGUAUAAUAUAUUUACGUACAAGACACUAGAUAAUAUUAUUUUGGUUAAUAGCCAUUUCAAUUAGGUUAUUUGCAGGCAUGACUUACAGAGAUACAUUUGUAUUCGCAAGGAACCCACCUGUAAAUUUUCAGUGGCAAUAGCAAACUACAGUGCCAAAACAUUUCUUCCAUGUAGGUAAGUUUGAUUUGUACAACCCAUAAAAUGUACCCAACAAUGUACAUAAAAUGGUGUGGUACGUACCUAUAUAAAUAUAUAUAAACUUUGUUUACA